GUUGCAUUAUUAUGAAAAACAAGACCCCUGUGGAUCCUCUUAAGUCCAAAGAAGGAAAAAUGAUGAAAAAGAUGAGCAACCACCUUGACAGCCCUAGAGAGGAAAUGUCCAGUGUGUUAGACACGAAAUGAACCAGACUACCAGCAGUGAAGGAUCUAAGGUCCAAAGGACUGACGAGCCUUCAGUUCAACUCGUACAGUCACUAAACCUCAGUGGCUGCACUGAUACCCAGCAGAAGCUUCUUGCACAGGAAGCUCUGGACUGCACCAAAGCUUUGUUAGAGGAUGAAAGUGCGGCUGGCCAAAGUCUGUCAGUGACUUCAGAAAAUGUGGAACUUCAGAAGGAUCAAAAACCCACUAACAGAUCAGUAGGGGAACACAGAGGAAAAGGGAAACGUCCUGUAGACGACCCACAUAUGACGGGUCAGCCUCCACCGAAGAGACGAUUACUGGAGGAAUUUGACAGAACUGUUGAUUCAACACUGAAUCCGGAAAUAAGCACUCCAAACGUUUUAAUGAAAGACAGGAGAGUUUUUAAGUACAGCGUCUCUCUUCAUCCAAAUAUCACAAGACCACACAGGAGUGGAAACCAGUAUGUGGAAAGCAAAGUGCAAAAGACAGCACCAACACAACACUCAACCCCAGGAGGCAGCAGGUCAGCACAAUCCAGGAUGCCUUUGCAUGCAUUUGUUCCUCCAUUCCUCAAGAAUGCAAAGACGCAGAGCUGCAGGAAUGCAGCGCUCAAGGACAACAUAAGAACACCUCCUGCGUUUGUUCCUCCUUUCAAAAAACAAAGAAUGAUUGUCCAAGAGAGCUCCUCUAAACCUCAGGAGGAGGGGGAGGAUAAACACUGCAAUGUCUCUGCAAUGCCCGCCAACAGCAACACUUACGUGCCACCCACUAAAAAAACACAAAGCACUGCGGAUAUAACUAGUCAUGAAAGCAUAGAAGACGAUCAGAUGAUGGCCUUGGAGGAAACUACAUGUAACAAUCAGAUAAAUAAACCAAAACUAGCUGCUGGUUGUGGAUUGGAGGACUCUGCUGCACAUAAAUCACAUGCAGAGGGCAUGUUGUCUGGAAGCAGAGAAAUGUUACAGAAUCUCCACAACAUAGAGCUUGCACGAGAUAUGCAAGACAUGAGGAUCAGGAAGAAGAAGCGUCAGACCAUUCGACCUUUGCCGGGCAGUUUGUUUCUAACCAAAACCUCGGGAGUGCCGAGGUUAAAAUUAAAAGCUGCAGUGAAUGGAAAACCUCCGGCAAGAUACACAACAAAGCAGCUGUAUGAAUCUGGAGUUCAUCAGCACGUGUGUGAGAUCACCAGUGAGGCUGCAGAGUCUUUUCGCUUCAGGUUACAGCAGUUCAUCAGACAGGAAGCAUUUACAGAUGGAGGUGGUGUACAGCUUGCUGAUGGAGGAUGGCUGAUCCCCAGCAAUGAUGGGACUGCAGGGAAACAAGAGUUUUACAGAGCAUUGUGUGACAGCCCUGGUGUGGAUCCAAAACUGAUCAGUGAGGAGUGGGUGUACAACCACUACAGAUGGAUUGUGUGGAAGCAGGCCUCCAUGGAGAGGUCAUUCCCUGAAACAAUGGGCAGCCUCUGUCUCACCCCAGAGCAGGUUCUCCUCCAACUGAAGUACAGAUAUGAUGUCGAGGUGGACCACAGCCGCAGGCCCGCUCUGAGAAAGAUCAUGGAAAAGGACGACACAGCAGUCAAAACCCUCGUCCUCUGUGUAUGCGGGGUCAUCUCCAGAGGUCACGCCCCAAAAAGGCCCAGUGACACAAAGACUCCACAAGGUGGUGAUGCCAAGCCUGAAAACACUUCUGCGGUUGUUUGGCUGACGGAUGGAUGGUACUCCAUUAAAGCACAGUUGGAUGAACCUUUGACUGCCAUGCUCCAGAAAGGUCGGCUGUAUGUGGGGGGGAAGUUGAUCAUCCAUGGGGCUCAGCUGGUGGGAUCACAGGACGCCUGCUCCCCUCUGGAGGCUCCUGAAUCUCUCAUGUUAAAGAUUUGUGCCAAUAGCAGCAGGCCCACUCGAUGGGACACAAAGCUUGGGUUUCACAGAGAUCCUCGGCCGUUCCUGCUUCCUGUUUCUACUCUGUACAGCAAUGGAGGACCUGUAGGGUGUGCGGACAUCAUCAUACUGAGAAGCUACCCCAUACAGUGGAUGGAGAGGAAAUCGGAGGGGGGCGUCGUGUUUCGUUCUGUCCGUGCAGAAGAGAAGGAGGCGAGACGAUACAACAGCAACAAACAAAAAGCCAUGGAGAUCCUGUUUGCAAAGAUUCAAGCUGAAUUUGAAAAGGAGGAGAAAGGUAAAAACAAAGCUCAACGUAGACGACGGACAAUCAGUCGUCAGGAUGUUGCGAGUCUUCAGGAUGGAGAGGAGCUCUAUGAAGCAGUGGAGGAAGACCCCGCUUAUCUGGAGGCUCAUUUGAGUGAACAGCAGUUGGAGACUCUACGUGCCUACAGGCGUUCUCAGAUGGAGAAGAAGCAGACAGAACUACAGGAUCGCUACAGGCGAGCUUUAGAAAGUGCAGAGAACAGUGAAGGUAGCUGUCCCAAGAGAGAUGUUACUCCUGUCUGGAGGCUCUGCUUUGCUGACUCCAUGGGACAACCUGGCAGUAUGCAUCAGUUGAAUCUUUGGCGUCCUACCUCUGAUCUUCAGUCUUCACUGAAGGAAGGCUGCCGAUACAAAGUCUACAACCUCAGCACCUCAGAUGGAAAGAAAGUUAGUGGGAGCACAAGUGUUCAGCUGACGGGCACAAAGAAAACACAGUUUCAGGACCUACAGACUUCCCCUGAAUGGCUAUCAACACAUUUUCAACCAAGAGUCUCCACCCAUUUUAUGGAGCUUAGAAACCAAGAAUACCAGCCACUGUGUGGAGAGGUGGAUCUGGCAGGAUAUGUCAUCAGUAUCGUAGACGGACAGGGUUCCUCUCCUGCCUUUUAUUUGGCCAAUGGGAAACUGGACUUUGUCAAGGUGCGAUGUUUCAGCAGCUUGGUUCAUUCUGGACUGGAAGAUUUGGUCAAACCACGUGUCCUUUUGGCUCUGAGCAACCUGCAGCUGAGAGGUCAGUCCACAUAUCCCACUCCUGUUGUGUACGCCGGAGAUCUGACCUCCUUCUCAACAAACCCCAAAGAGGUUCAUCUUCAGGAAUCCUGCAGCCAACUCAGAAGCCUGAUGCAGGGCCAGGAAGACUUCUUUCUAUCUGCCGAGGAGAGACUUUCACAUUUAGUCAGAUCUGAAGGCCAGCAGGCCAUCUCCUCUCCAGCCCUGCAAACCAGAACCCCGUCCUCUACAGCCGACAGAAGACAAAGCACAAAGACUAGUGCGACCGCUCAGCAUCAAGUCAGAAGUCAUGGAUCCUUUACUCCUGUCGGCAGGAACCCUCCUGCAACAAACAGUUCAACAGAGAAGGACCCCAGCAGUCUGAAGAGGAGGAGAGCUCUGGACUAUCUGUCUCGUAUCCCAUCUCCUCCUCCUCUUGCCAUUAUGGGCUCAGUGUCCUCACCGUGUGUAAACAAAACAUUCAACCCCCCUCGGAGGUCUGGGACACCUGGCACUUUAAAAUCUGUACAGACUCCGGCUCGCAAACCUGUUAAUCCACCAGCAGAGGAGGAAUGGGUGAAUGACGAGGAACUGGCUUUGAUUGAUACUCAGGCGUUGCUUGUUUGAGACUAGCUGUAGGUACACGUGAAUGUAUAAUGACGAGCACAGCUUUGUAAAUAAUUGUACAAAUGACUGGAUGUAAAUAUUUAAAUAUGGCUGCUGUGGCACAUAUUCUGAUGUUUUGUAGUCUAAUUGGACUAAUUAAAAAGAUGACAACACUUCA